CGCCUUUUCAUCGCCUUGUCCGUUCUUCCACUCAUUCCUCCAGGUUUUUUGACAGUUCGUUCUAGUCGACACACGGUUGCCACGUCUCGACUUAUAUUUGGCAUAUCACCCCCAAACGUCACUUGUACUCCCACGCAGGCACAAUAGGUACCCUAUUCAAGACGAGGACCUCGCGUUCGCUCCUCGAGCCUCUGCUCGACGAGUCGGAUCGCAGUUCGUUCGACUUCGAGCAACCUGUCCCCCCGUACCAUACCCCACCUAAACCAUCGUAUACGAUGGCCUGGUACAACCGUUUCCGUCGGAAAGCUGUAGUCGACAAGGAGGGAGGCACGACACCCAGGGCCUACAAGUUCUUCCACCCAGGGCAGGCGUUUCUCCUCGGCUUUCUGCUCUUCGGAGCGUUCAUAAUUUUUCUGCUCGUGGGCAUCUGUAUGCCCAUCAUAAAAGCUAUCUAUCUGUUCGAGAUACAGGCUGUUCCAGCGGAUGGGCAACCGGAGACGAGCAUCGGGACGCAGAUUCGGUUUGGUGUAUGGGGUCUAUGUAUAACGAGCGCGCUAGACGCCCCCACGCUCUUCAGCAACGAUGGCGAAUGUUUCGGCCCUGCCCUCGGCUACACGAUCCCUCAAACUGUCCUCGACCUAACAGGCCAAGCCUCCCUCGUCUCCGUCGUCCUCAAAGUCCUCACCGUACUCCUCAUCCUGCACCCCAUCUCCGCUGCCCUCUCCCUUCUCACCAUGCUCCCCGUCUUCCUCACCUGCUGCCUCUUCCGGACCGCACCCUGGGUCGUCUCACUCAUUCUGAGCAUCAUAACGGCUCUCGUGAGCAGCGUGGUGUUCGCGGCAGACCUGGCAUUGGUGGUCAUUGCGAGGCAGAAAGUGAAGAGUGUAACGUUAGGGACGUUUGAGGUGCAUUUUGGAAAUGGGGUAUGGAUGGUGCUGACGGCAACGGUGGUUACGUGGAUCUGUGUGGUGAUACUGAGUAUGUGGGUGUGUUGUGGGUUUAAGAGAAGAUAUCGCGACAUCAAAUAUUGACGACCUGUAUACGAAGAUACCAAACUACCCCGAGGAAUCAGCCCCAUACUACCUACGCCUCCAGACCCACUAGCCCUGGACAACGCCAUUCCUGUACACUCAUUGCUUCAUCAUCUUACACUUCGCUAUACCUGUGCAUACCCAUUCAACAUUUCUUACCAACCACGCUUUCAUACCUCCGACGCCUCCACAGAGUGGAUUCAAUUCGAGCGUUCCAUAUUAUUCAAAUCCAAACUCACGACCUGUAUCUGUCAAACCUUCCCAUUCACAUGAACCCCCCUUGCUUUAUUUUACCAAGACCUCGUUAAUCACAUCUCC